CUUGUCUUCCUCGCACUUCCAUUCCUGCCAGGAAGGCCAAAUCAACAUGUCGUCAGACCAGUGAAAGUUUCAUUCCAGGCGGGGGAGCUGAAUGAGCCGAAUGAACCAAAUGAGCGAUACCUCGUCGCAUUUGGUGACUCCUACAGCCGCAGCGGAUUCCGAACAAACUAUACGUAUACCAGAACCGGACCUGGAGUGAAGGACAUGGAGAGGAGAGAAAAGCCAAAAGACGAGCGUGUAGAAGCCCCCAGCGCGUUGAAUCCAAUUGGCAAUCCAGCGUUGCCGGGAAAUACAUCAUCUGGUGGUCAAAACUGGGCUACGUAUAUGACAACUGAAUUCAACACCACGCUUACUCUGGCGUACAUCUUUGCCCGAUCAGCGUCAGUGGUGGAUGCGGAGAUAAUACCAUCGAGAAGCAAGUCGUCGUUUUCGUUUGCGCAGCAGAUCGUUCAUUUCCAGGAUGCUAUCGGCCAUCGUCCUCACUACGCGGCGUGGACUGAGAAGAACAUCGUCGCGACAGUCUGGUUCGGGUUCAACGACUUGUCUGUCGUAUCGCACAAGAGAGGCCAGGGCGCUAUAUUGGCGGCUGCAAACCGACGUAUCUUUGAGCUAUCUCAGAUACUUUACGAUACCGGAAUUCGCAAUUUUAUCUUUAUCGAGAUCCCACCUAAGGAAUUGUUUCCCUCGCAUCAAGCACACAAGAACAACGACACGCAUCAUAGUUACGAGAUGGUCUCUUACGCUGUGAAUCGGUGGAAUAGCCUUCUUAGGCAAAACACUGUUCGCUUCCAGAAGUCCCAUCCGGACGCAAAAGUCACUUGCGUAGAGAUAUGGGACAUAUUCUAUGAGGCUUUCCUGAGGCCCCAGGAUCUAGGUGCACCUAACUCAAAUUGCGUCGAUCCAAGCGGAAAAGGCUGUCUUUGGGCCAAUACGGGUCAUCCUGGAGAGAAGAUCCAUCAGCUCAUUGGUGCUAGAGUAGCUGAAAAGGCCUGGGGGUAAUACUGUUGUAUGGAGUUCAGCUGGUAAUGCUAAGACAGUAGAUCUAUGUUAACUCAAACUCGAUACAUACUGCAGCUCCAAGUGUUGCUUGAGCUACAAUUUUUCAGGUCACGCUGUUCGAUUCUUGAAUAAUUUUCAUAAGCGAUAUUUACCA